UGUUUGACUUUGUGUCGCUCCUCCUUCAAAACCACUAAACCCUACUCUGAAACUUUAGAUACUCAGUCACUCACUGAUUCCAGCAGACCCUCUUUGCCUCAUUUAACACUUUAGGAUUGUUAAACAUGGAGAGUGUUUCCACAUACACACAUGAAUCCAGCAGCAGUAAGAGGAAAGUGAUCGCGGUGGUGGGAGGCGGUUUGGUUGGAUCAUUGAACGCCUGCUUCCUUGCCAAACGAGGAUUUGACGUUGCAGUCUAUGAAUCUCGAGAAGAUAUUCGGCAGGCAAAAGUCGUGAAGGGCCGAAGCAUCAACUUGGCCCUGUCUCACAGGGGGCGCCAGGCUUUGAAACAUGUGGGAAUGGAGGAUAAGAUAGUCUCCAAAGGGAUUCCAAUGCAUGCCCGUAUGAUCCAUAACCUGAAUGGAAAAUGCUCUCCGAUACCCUAUGGCAAAAAGGGACAGUACAUCCUCUCUGUGGACAGAGCUAACCUCAACAAGGAGCUGCUAACAGCGGCUGAUGCAUAUCCAAACACUACACUGAACUUUAAUCACAAGCUCCAGGACUGGAGUCCAAAAACAGGAACGAUGACCUUCAUUGGACCUGAUGGGCAGAAGGAGGAGAUGCGGGCUGAUCUGAUCGUAGGCUGUGAUGGAGCUUUCUCUGCCGUCAGGAAGCAGUUCCUACGGCAAAGUCGUUUCAAUUACAGCCAGACGUACAUUCCCCACGGGUACAUGGAGCUCACCAUGCCUCCUAAAGACGGAGAUUUCACAAUGGAGCCCAAUUACUUGCACAUUUGGCCCAGGAACACUUUCAUGAUGAUUGCCCUACCCAACUUGGACAGGACGUUCACAUGCACACUCUUCAUGCCCUUUGAAGAAUUUGACAAGAUCCGCACCGGUGAGGAGGUCAUCCGUUUCUUCCAGAAAUACUUUCCUGACUCUGUACCUUUAAUAGGAGUUGAGGCUCUCAAACAGGAUUUCUUCCGGCUGCCGGCUCAGGCCAUGGUCUCUGUGAAGUGCACCCCGUAUCAUCUGUUUGAUAAGUGUGUUCUUAUGGGAGAUGCGGCCCACGCUGUGGUUCCUUUCUACGGUCAAGGCAUGAAUGCAGGCUUUGAGGAUUGUUUAGUUUUUGACGAGAUUAUGGACCUGUUGAAUGAAAACCUUGCUGCUGUGCUCAAAGAAUACACCAGAGUCCGUGUACCUGAUGAUCACGCCAUAGCUGACCUGGCCAUGUACAACUAUGUAGAGAUGAGAGCACACGUCAAUUCCAGAUAUUUCCUGUUCCGAAAAUACCUGGACAAUUUCCUUCACUUCAUCAUGCCUAAAGCAGUCAUCCCACUUUACACAAUGGUCACAUUUACCAGAACAAGAUACCAUGAAGCGGUAAAGCGCUGGCAUUGGCAAAAUAAGGUGAUCACUCGAGGUCUGUGGGUAUGUGGAGUUGUGUCUGCUGCAGGAGGGACAUAUGUCUUGGUCAGAUACUCUCACAAACUCCCCAGCAUCUCUGCAGAGCACCUGUGGACCCGUAUACUUGCCUUAAAGCGCUUCUAAACUAAUGCACAGGAAACUAGGGGCUAGUCGACUAAACGGUACAGCUCCUACUAGUCGACACUGAAAACAAUAGCAGACUACACGACAGAAAAAAAACAUGAUUUUAAUUUUAAUGUUACAUUUAAAACAUUUUAAAUAAGCUAAUAUUAAUAGUUUGAAAAAUAAUACAUUAUUUUUAAAAGUGCAUCGGGGCGAAAACUACAUUUUUACCUCAGACCUCGCAUGCCCUUAUAGAGACCUCAUGACCACGCAAAAUACUAAGGUGUGGGGUUAUUUUGAAUUAGAAGGAAUCGGAAAAGUUAACGGUGUAAUAUCAAAUUGGCUUACAAUAACUCUACUGGAGUGAUGCAUAACAGGCUUGUCGUAGGCGUUAGCUUAAAGCAGGGGCGUCAAAUCCAAACUUAGUAGGGGCCAUGCUGAGGGGUGUGAAUAAAAUCAGGGGCCGGACAUAUAUUUAGAUGAUAUGUAGGUUACUGAUGAAAUAUAAGUGUAUUAGUAACUUUAAAAAAAAAAAAGAAAAAUUCACAAUUCAUUAAACCACAUUUAUCAAAAUAACAAGGUUUUAAUUUUAAUUAAGUUGUAAUGCAUUUCUAACACAUUUUGUAUCACAGCAAGCUUUUUUCUCUUUAUCAAAAAAUAAGGUCUUUGACUAGCUUAACUGCAUAGAAACAGUACUUCAAAACAGUAGCAUAAAGUAGGCCUACUUUAAAAACAAAAACUUCAGUUUUAGAAAAACUGUUUGAUAAAGCAAAAUAGCCAACAAUGGAUAGAUAUAAAUUCCACAAGAUAUAUAGACAACAAAUGGUAUUUGAUAUUGUAUUAUUUGUCUUACUUUGGUAGCUUUUAUUUUGAAACGACAACUUUAACGUGAAAGAACACGUGCACUGUGAUAUGCCAAUAGGCAUGUUUUAAACUGUUAUCAGACACUCUGCAUCUCUUCUUAAGGCCUGUUUACACCUGGUCACUUUAUGCGUUUCCGCAGAUCGGAUAUCCAAUUUGUUACAUCCUUUCUAUUCACACAUAUGUCGCGCUAUAUUUAAAUUUAACGGAGUUCACGUCAACGAAAGCAACAGAGGGCUGCAUUUUAUUCAUCAUAAGCUAAAUUCAAGAUCAAAGACCGUAAUAGGAGAAAGCGCAGCAACAGCACUGGAAAGAUACAUUAGUCUUACUACUUUUAAUGAAGAUGACUGUGUGUUGAGCAUAUGCGGCAGCGAUGCCUGACUAUAACAUAUUAUAUAGCCUAUAACGCUCUCACACAUUUAUUAUUUUAACAUUUUGGGACGAGUAAAAUUUACAUAUGUGGUUUCAACAACAGAUGCAUUUACACUUGUCCAGUUUUGUCUGGAAUGCGGCACAGACCACUUUCUGAAGUAGUUUGAGCGAUCUGUCUCGAAUAAUCUUUUCGGGGGGCAUUUACACCUGGACUUUUCACGAUCGGAUAGCUAUCCAAUCAGAGAAAACGCAUGAAGUGAGGUGUAAACAGGCUAUUCUGUUUUGCUGUAGCUUAAGUAAAAGUAUAAAAACAAAUAUGAUUACGAAUAGAAUGCUUCGGAGGCAGCAUUCCAAGGCAGGAAGGCAUCAAGGCACAUCCGAAUCCAAAUUCUGCUUCACUUCCUGUCUCCAGAGGUACCUUCUUCUGAUUGAAUUUUGAAGACAGCAUAGAUGUAUUCUUCACUGCCUUAGGUAUUCCACAAUUCUGUGCAUUCCAUUCUGUGACGGUUGAGCUAAAAAAUAAAGAUGGUGU